AUUAAAUAAUAUAAAUGGGCUGCUUUAUCCCCGACUGGAUCCAAAACCAGAUUAUUAAAGGAUGACAAGAGUCAAGCAAGAAAAUAUGCCAGAGAUUGGUAAAAGCAUACAAGUUUGACUUCAACAAGCACAUCGAGAAUGGGGUGACUUUUGAAGAGAAGUUGCGUAAGCUAAUCUAAACGACCUUGGCUUCUGGGACAACGAACCUUGCUAAUACGCUCCUGAGGCCGCUCAUAUCCUGAUCACAGAAUUCAAGAAGUUCAUGGUCGUGAACUCGACCCUGAUCCUACUCAAGGAAGAACACAAGCUGCAGGAUAGGCACGAAGAACAGAAAUUGAGGUACGAAAGUAAGGAAGGAAUU